AAAGACUUGAAGCAGAUGCAGACACAUGAAGACUUGAACAGGAUGAAACUGCUGGAGAUCCUCCAACAUGCUACUUCAUGUGUAGAAGAGAUUAAUGCCCUUGACCAACUGAGGAAAAUAUUACGACCUGAAGAUGAUCUAUCAGGGGAAGAUGACUUUGAACACCAGUGGCUGUCUAUAGCUGCUGACAGUUUGGGAGAUGAAGGUCCAUUUAAUCCCUUUCCUGCACACACACCAGACAGUUGGUUCUCUUCUCAGUCUAAUCUUGACAGAUUUACGUGCUAUCUAUUUGAGAGACGAUAUAGCUGGCCUGAAGGAAGCAAGGGACAUUUAGUCCCACUACUCUACACAGUUUCUACAGAGAGUGAUGCUGUUCUGAAAAGUAGACUCAACAACUUACUAGAUGAAUUUUUGAGAUGGUACCUUUGUCAAGAUGUCUGUCAACCUCUGUUGAAGAGCCUUACAGUUGCAGUUACUCAUGCUUGUGAUAUGCCAGUGGUUCGCAACCAGACAAUGAUCCAUAUAAUGGAGUGGCUACAGUUACACGCCAGUCAUCAUAGCUUCCAUGAACACCUCACUGAUGUACAAACCCUGAUUUUGCGUGGGGUAUGUGAUGUGUGGUCACUUGUUCGGAACACAUCCGUAACACGUCUUGGACGUAUUGCAAGUAAUCUGACAUUACUAGAGUUGGAAAGUUUGUUCUCAGAGCUUGCUAAGAUCUGCCUGAAUCAUGAUAGCAUGUGGCAAUGUGUUGAGGGUGCUGUAAUGGCUAUCAGCCUGUUACUGAAACGUUGCCAGUGGAUUGGUGUACUGCCUACCAGUACCAUGGAAGAGUAUAUGCCUUCACCAGGAAGCAAAAGCCAAUACUAUCUGAAGAGAGAGUAAUCGAAAGUUCAGACAAUGAAGACAUACCGCUUGCUGCACUCAAGAUGGCUACCGCGGUCAGACAGCUCCCUGAGGAUACCUUAACCGUUUUGGAUCCGACCACACUGCCCCCAGACGACGAAGCCUUGGACAUUCUAUAUCCAACCACGUAGCCCCCAGACGAGGAAGUCUUGGCCGUUCCAUAUCUGACCACGCAGGCGCCAGAUGGGGGAGCCUUUGAUUGUCAGUUCCAGCAGCACAUUCUGGUGUAGAAUGCCAUGAUGCUGUCUAAAUUGGACUAUCUGACCAAACUCUGGAGGGGCUACAAGCUUAAGUCUGGGAGCUCAGGGUAGAGAAGCAGUGAUCUCGCCAAACUACCAUCAACUAGAGGACGAACAGGUCCUAAUAGGAUCCAAGGAACAUCCAGCCAUAAUAAACGAGAAUGACUUGGACAAUAUCUUCAUCAAAGUCAACAGCGCCAAGGACUUUCUAGUCAAACUGGUAGGGAAACUCAUUUCCCAGGAAGACCUUGCAAGGUCGAACCAAAAAUACAUAUUUCAAAUUAAACUGCAAGUCACAAAGACAAAAAAUCCUUGUUUUGACUGGGAUAAUUAUGUGUUGUGACGCUAAAUACUGCAAUUUUCGGAAUUUAGGCCGCACGGUGAAUAUAGCUGCACUGCACAAAUAUCUGCAAUUACAUGUAGUUACAGCAGCACGUGAGCUACAUAUAGGGUCGUUGUUAAACCUAAAUUUUCUUAAGUCCUUGAAAUUACCAACUUUGGGAAUUUGAUGGGUAUCCUUCGCUGGGUGAGCCAUGUGGCAGUUCUGUGUGUUCUUUUUUUCAGCACUCACCAAUUGACUACUGAUAAUACACAACAUAAUUAAUUACAUGCAUAGAAACCAAAAACAAAAAUGAACAGAUGCACCACAUGAUUUGUGAGGUGUGGAGUGUGCAUGUACUUACGGUACCCAUGUCCACCUGGGCUGGUUUCCAUUCCAGUAGUAAUGAGUAGAGCAAGCAAGACAUGACUGACAAAGGCACAGUGCAGCGUAUAAUGACCAGAGAUUGUGCUUCACAGCGUUUUAUGAUCUUUGAUAGUCACUGAUAUUAACUGAUGUUAUUAUUGGCACUGAGUAUAAGAAAAAAUCCUAUAGUGCUGCCUCUUCUUUGCCAUUAUAUUUCAGCGUUAGAGUUAAUGUAAUGUAACCAGAGUGGUAAAGCUACAACAAAAUUGAGUCAGUGACCCGAAUAUUUCUUACAAAAGAUAAAAAGAUUUAUUCUUUCCCUGUCGCAAAGGUUAAUGCAGGUUCACUUUUUGUACAGUUGGAUGCAACUACGUGUAUAUCAAAAAUAAACUACAGCCUUAUAAGUUGUAUAUGUAUGUCAUCUGUGAGAGAUAAAAAAAUCCAAAAUCUAUGUUAGCCUUUCAGCCGUAUCCUUUCAUGUACAUGAUUAACAACUUGGCAUACAUACAGUUCAUAAAUACUAAGCUGUCAGUGCACAUACAUGUACAUGUAUUAAAUGGGUUACACUGAUCAUACUCAAUACAUGGCCAAUCAUAUUUAUAACCGGCUCUGUAAAAAAGUGUAUAAUGUAAUUUUUUCUGUAAUCUGAUUUUACCUUCAAUUAGAAUGAGUAACUUAAACCCUUUGCAUUGAUGUAUCAUUUAUUUAGGUAUUUUAAUAAAAAAUGUACAAGUAAGAGUGUUGAGGGUUUCUAUUUAUUUCCACUGUGCAGGGUUCUUUAAAAGGCCUGUAACUCAAGAGUGGCUCUGGCGACUUAUUACCAAUUUUCGCAGAGUGGGUCACAUUUCCAUCUGCAAUUUAACCAAGAAAAGCUCUAAUCAAGAGAUGAAUUAUCCGAUUGAUGUAUAGACCUUAUGCACAUGACGUUACAUUCGAGGGCAUUUCCUUAUUCCACUAAGGUAAGUUUGAGUAAACCAAUUUUGUGCAUUCAUUGUAACAAAAUUAAAAUGACAACAGACAGCACUCUAAGACGCCAACAAUAUACAACCCCUAUAUGUACAUAGGUUCAGUAGUAUACUCAGCAUUACAGGGUGUUAAUGUACCUCCGGAUUAAAUGAGACCUAAACCUUAAACCUGGUCAAUACGUAGGUCACAUUAUUUAAAAAUGCGCAUAACCCAAGUAAAUGUCGAGUAUUAUAAUGAGAUGUUAACACACUGUAAGUACCUGUACAUGUAUGCCAAGUGUGAUCAUUUCCAAACGUGAGGUUUUAUACACUCCUUGGGGGAUGAAGUAUGUAAAAAGUCUGACAGGUAUUUAAGAAAAAGAUUGAUAUCUAUGACCUGGUGUGGGUGUUGCCUUGCAGAAUUUCCCCUCACCCAAAAGUAGUAUUUCAAGAAGACUGAGCAAACUUCAGAUACUGCAAAUGUUUACAUUUUUACAUGUUUACAAUGUGACACCUUGAGAUGUGAC